AGGGUGGCACAGGGAUUGCAUCAGGGCAUCACACUGCAGCUCCGUAACCAGUGAAUCGCAGGUGAACCAGUCCCCGGCAGGGGACGUCCCUUUUUGGGGAGGGGGGUCCACGUGGUGCUGCAGAAACCCUGUUUCAGGGGAAGCAGCCUGCAGGCCACCCCCCGCUUCCCAGUUUACAAGAGGCAAAGGCUUUUGGGAGGCAAGGUCGUCCCCUGGACCUGCUUCAUAACGGAAGAGAGAUGAUGCUGAGGACGGGCUUUGUUACUGUGCAGCUGACCGGGCUCGCUGCCCCGAAGCCCAGCCGAGAUGGGAUCGGCUAGCACCACGAGACCCGGCUCCCGGCCAGCGACUCCAGGCUGCCUGGAGCGCCAACCGGGCCCGUUCUGGGGGUCAGUCCCGGCCAGGCAAAGAUGUCACCCCCAAAUCCUGGCCGCUCGCACAGUUCCUGGAUCCUCGUGGCUAAAGCAUCGCUCGGUGGCUACCUGUCGGACGCAGGAUUUCUUUUCAUGCCGAGCUCAUUGCAAGCCCCCGUCGUGGUUUAAAACAUUUCCUCACCUGCCGAUCAGCGCGUGAAGGCGCCCCUGUUUUCUACCCUGUGGGGGACAGGUGCCGAGGGCUGGAAAAGGAGAUGGCAAUUGCUGCACUUUGAUCUUAAAUGCUGGAGGCUUUAAGUGAAAGAAGAAAGGGGGCGGCAGGGGGGAACCCUGCUCAGACCCUUUUGGCCUCCUCCAGACUGGGCAAGAUGGUCCUAGGGUCUGACCCAGCUCGGUUUUUAAAAUCAAAUGGCUCCGCUGUGUCAUCCCCGCUGGCCAGGCCUGUUGUGCCCAACUUGUACUGAUCUGCCACCAAAAUGGAUAAAAACAACAAAACGACGGGGCUUUUCUUGUUCCCCCUGCAGCAUUGCCCUUCCCCACCGGUGCCCCCCAGUCCAGCCCUCUGCAGCUGCCGUGUGGCACGUACCCGCCUGGCGCGCUGCGAGGGUGCCGGCGUGCUCAUCUCCGGCAUCCUCCGGACACCGCCGGGGUGCUGGAAGCUGCCGUCCAGCCAGCCUUCGCCGUGCCGGCCCUCUGAGUCGGACCACAGUGCGCGUCCAGAGCCCGCGGCACCACGAGGAUGUGAGCAGAUGUGCAAGAAGAUCUGCAGCGCCCCAGCAAUGAGAUGCCCCUGGAAGUCCUGGCCGGUGGGCAGACGUUCGAAGAAGAAAAACAAAACCCCCCCACCAUUUUAAAUGAAAGUUUCAACCAUUAGGGAAGUCAGCCCUUGCUCCAGCCAGGAUUGUCCCAGCCGAGGCGUAGACGGACGAGAGGGGCUAGCAUUACAGACUGCACGGCGCACGUCUCCUCUCUGGGUCUCGUUUCAGUCUCGAAACCACCUCGUUCUCUGCACGUCGGUGGCCUGCGUCCAGCCCGGCUCUGCUCCCAGCCGUGGCAGUGGUGGUUUCAGGCUGGGCAGUGCCCUCCCGGCCUCUUGCUGCUGGAAGCCCUUUGGCUUUCCUGGUGCAGCAUGAGAUGUGCUCCUGCCUCUCCUUGGGAGAAAGCAGCUCCCGUCCCACUGGGGUGUCGCUGCACGAGGGGCCGUGGGCCGUGCAGACCUUGCAGCCACGGGGCAGCGUCGUGGCUGCGUCGCAGAGCGGGGGCUGGCACGUGGGGUCACGUUCUCAGGGCAAGGAGUCAGCAACUGGCUGCCCGAGGGACAGACUGGGGAGCCGAUGUCAGGCCUGGUGCUGGGCGAGUGGAAACGGUGACUUUGAACUUGAGCCACGUUCUGCGCCCGGGAGCUGUACCCCAGGGUACCUUGCAUGUGAAAAGGACAUCCCCCAUCUUGCUUCCUGGCGCCUGGCGCUGCCCAGGGUCGAGUCGUCGCUGGCGCCUUCCAGGUUUACUGAAUUUGGGGGUGUUUGUGAUGGGGGGGGAUCUCAGCAGGUCAGGCCUGCCCGAGAGACGCGUCGGCGGCCGUGCCAGUGCAGCAAGGGACGACGGAAAGCGGCAGGGACAUCCUGGCGCAUCUGCCAGGUUCCUACCCCCCACGGCCAGGGCAGGACACACAGACAGCAUGCUCCGACGAGCUGUAAAGCAGCCAGGUAGAGACAUAGCCCCAGGCUCCAUUCACUCUGUUACUGUAGCGGAGACCAGCCUUUCCCUGCAGGCAGCACGCUGCUUGUCUGCGGUGACGACAGCCUUGUGCGUUCCUGAUCCGCUAAUGCCUCGAGCUCGGGCCCUUUCCAAAACCCAGGAUCCAGCUGCCCACCUUAAUCUCCCAUGCCUCGAAGGGCAAGGCGGCUGCAACCAAAUUGUCCCAGCCGGGCUGUGAAUGACAGCAGAGUUCUUGGAAGAAACUCAGAGCCCGCAUCCACGUGACUCACGACCACACUGCAUCACGGAAGACACCCUGGGCAUGAUUCAGGCAACCUUUAGCCUGGAGGAUCUACUCAUGUCAUCACCAGCUGCCUUCAGCCUUUUGCAGAGGGUGGGGUACAAAUCUGAAUGCAUAACGAGGGCUGGCCCAGGUCGCUUGGCAGGUGCGGAGCUGUCACGGUGCUACAGCACAGGGGCGGGCAAUUAUUUUGGGUGGAGGGCCACUUACUGAGUUUCGGCAAGCCAUCAAGGGCCGCAUGACAGGCAGCCCAGGGCAGAUUAAUAUUAAUUUUCUAAAUUUUUUAGGGGCACCGCAGGCCAGAUAGAAGGGCCUGGCAGGCCACACCUGGCCCCCGGGCUGCAUUUUGCCGACCCCUGCUAUAGCAGCUUCUGGUAACGAGGGACCCCCUGCUCUGGACCCACGUAGCCCUGUGGAGUCGCAAGGACAGGUUGAGUUUGGGGUUAAUGAGUGGAGGGUCCUCUUAAUUCCUGGCAGCCAGCUCCCUGCAGGUCAGGGCCUUGCAGGGCCUGACAAGGUUUCCUUGUUGAUUUAUUAACCGACACAUGUGAAGCACGGCAGCUCCUGGCUGGUGGGGGCGAGCCAAGGGGAGUCCACCUGCCCUUCAUGCAAGCUGGAGGAGGGGAAAACGUCCCCACCUCCCUUUGAUGUUGCAAGGGGGAAAGCUGUGGGUGGGCCGGGAAGGACGCAGUCAUCUCCUGGGGCUGCUCUGCCUUUCGGGCUGUGCGCUGCUGCCCACCUUCCCUCCACCCCGGGGGUACAGCUGAUGCCCCAGGAGGCAGUUCUUCCCCCAGGGGCCGCCUUGCCAGCUGGUUGCGUGCCCCAUGCUGUUGUGUAACCACGAGGGUGUGCCAAGCCCCACCUAGCACCAGUAUAAGUAGCCGUGACUGAGGCUCGAGGCAUCUCCAGGUGUGCGGAGGAGACGCGGGGUCCACCAUGGAGCUGGCCGGAGCCUUCACCCUCCUCAUGGUCGUCUACGUGUCCUGCCUCCUUGCUGUGGCAGCUUGGAAGAGGAAAUCCCGCCUGGGCAACCUGCCCCCCGGGCCCACUCCCCUGCCGGUGAUCGGGAACUUCCUGCAGAUCAAGACAGGGAAAACCUUUAAGUCCCUGGAGAAGCUGCAGGAGAAGUACGGCCCCGUGUUCACCGUCUACUUCGGGCUCAAGCCCAUCGUGGUGCUGUGCGGGCACAAGGCGGUGAAGGAGGCGCUGGUGGACCGUGCCGAGGAGUUCAGUGGCAGGGGAGAAAUGCCCACGGUGGAGAAGAACUUCAAUGGCUUCGGCGUGGUCUUCUCCAACGGGGAGCGGUGGAAACAGCUGCGCCGGUUCUCGCUCACCAUCCUCCGCAACUUCGGCAUGGGCAAGAAGAGCAUUGAGCAGCGGAUCCAGGAGGAGGCCCAGUUCCUGCUGGAGGAGUUCAGGAAGACGGAAGAGAAACCCUUCGACCCCACCUACCUCCUGAGCAAGGCCGUGUCCAACGUCAUCUGCUCCAUCGUCUUCGGCAACCGCUUCGACUAUGAGGAUGAGGUCUUCCUGUCGCUGAUGCAGAUGAUGAACGAGAGCUUCCAGGAGAUCAGCACGGCGUGGUCCCAGUUCUACGACAUGUACUCCAGCUUCCUCAAGUACUUCCCCGGGCCCCACACCAAAAUCUACGACAUCCUGGAGCGGAUGCGGGUCUUCAUUGCUGAGAGGGUGAAGAAGAACCAGGAAACCUUGGACCCCAACUCGCCCCGGGACUUCAUCGACUGCUUCCUGGCCCAGAUGGAGAAGGACAAGGGGAACCCGGCCAGCGAGUUCAACCUCAAGAACCUGGAGCUGACCACCCUGAACCUGUUCUUCGCGGGGACGGAGACCGUGAGCUCCACGCUGAGAUAUGGCUUCCUGCUGCUGAUGAAGUACCCUGAGGUGGAAGGCAAAAUCCACGAGGAGAUUGACCGGGUGAUUGGGCAGAACCGGGUCCCGGCGAUCGAGGACCGGAGCCACAUGCCCUACACGGACGCCGUCAUCCACGAGAUCCAGCGGGUCAGCGACCUCAUCCCCAUGAACGUGCCCCACAUGGUCACCCGCGACACCUGCUUCCGUGGCUACACCAUCCCCAAGGGCACUGAGGUCUACCCCAUGCUCAGCACUGUCCUGCACGACCCCCAGAAGUUCAAGAGCCCUGAGAGCUUCGACCCCAGCAACUUCCUGGACGAGAACGGCGCCUUCAAGAAGAACGACGCCUUUGUGCCCUUCUCCUCAGGGAAGCGCAUCUGCCUGGGGGAAGCACUGGCUCGCAUGGAGCUCUUCCUCUUCUUCACCACCGUGCUGCAGCGCUUCUGCCUGAAGCCCCUCGUGUCCCCCGGGCAGCUGGACACCACCCCGCAGGAGAGCGGCUUCGCCAACAUCCCCCCCUCCUACCAGCUCUGCAUGUGCCCUCGCUGAUGGGGCGCCUGGGGCUGAGGCCUGGCCUUGGCUGCCAGCCCUGCACCUGGGCUGGGGGCUACUCGCGGCAGCCCCAGGGCUGCUCUAGCUCCUGCUUUGUCCUCUCUGGGGUGUCGCUACAGCCAGGUUCACUCCAGUCCCUCCCCCAACCCAUCCCUGUGAGCCUGGGGGAGAAGCCACAGCCCAGAGCACCCCCAGCCAUGCCCAGGUCCAUCCCCAGUGCCAGGGGCUGGGUGCAGGGCCUGGCCAUGCCUCGGCUUUGGCUGUCUCCCAGCCCUGCUCCUGCCAGACUUCGGGGCCUCAGCUCCAACCCAGUUCAUUCCUUGCUCCUGAUUCACAACAGGGUGAGCCUGACCCAGAAGGAGCAGGUGUGCAGUGCAUCACUGUGUGCACACACAUGCAAACAUACAUGCACAUGUGCACACACAAGCGUUGUGUCCUGGCCUAUCCGCUGGGAGGCAUCAGGGAGCCCCAGGAGAUGGGAGACUUGCCUGGGGCUUUGCCACCUGCUCCUUCCCUCCCUCCACCUGGGGCAUGGCCAGCUGGAGCAGUCCUCACCCUCUGGUAGUUCCCAGCAGCCCCUGGCAGCUUGUUAGUGCCUCCCCACUCAGCUUUGCUCUUUUAAUUGCUUCCAAAUGUGAUCAGGACCAGAAGCAUCUGUUCAUGGUUGUCUGAGUUGCGUGUGUGUCCCCCGUCCCCAUUACAGAAUAAAAGCCAGGGCUGGA